AUGGCCGCCUCUGCCUCUUGCAUUUCUCUGGUGGUGCUCGUGGCCCUGGCCACGGCGGCGUCGGCGCAGCUGUCCCCGACGUUCUACGAUUCGUCGUGCCCCGGGGCGCUGGCCGCCAUCAAGAGCGCCGUGACGGCCGCCGUGAGCAGCGACCCCCGCAUGGGCGCGUCGCUGCUCCGGCUGCACUUCCACGACUGCUUUGUCCAGGGCUGCGACGCCUCUGUUCUGCUGUCCGGCAACGAGCAGAACGCGGGUCCAAACGCGGGGUCGCUGAGGGGCUUCGGUGUCAUCGACGGCAUCAAGGCCCAGGUCGAGGCCGUGUGCAAGCAAACCGUCUCCUGCGCUGACAUCCUCGCCGUCGCCGCCCGCGACUCGGUCGUCGCCCUCGGAGGUUCGUCAUGGACAGUUCCUCUGGGGAGAAGGGACUCCACAGGUGCAAACGCGGGGCUGGCAAACAGCGACAUCCCAGGCCCGGGCUCCAGCCGGGCGCAGCUCGAGGCCGCGUUCCUCAAGAAGGGCCUGGACACGGUCGACAUGGUGGCCCUCUCCGGCGCACACACCAUCGGGCGGGCGCAGUGCAGCUCCUUCCGCUCUCGGAUCUACGGCGGCGACACCAACAUCAACGCCGCCUACGCGGCGUCGCUCCGGGCCAACUGCCCCCAGUCCGGCGGCAACGGCAACCUGGCGCCGCUGGACGCGACGACGCCCAACACCUUCGACAACGCAUACUACACGGACCUCCUGUCCCAGAAGGGGCUCAUGCACUCGGACCAGGUGCUGUUCAACGGCGACACUACCGACAACACGGUCCGGAACUUCGCGUCCAACCCGGCGGCGUUCAGCAGCGCCUUCACGACGGCCAUGAUCAAGAUGGGCAACAUCGCGCCGCUCACCGGGGCGCAGGGCCAGAUCAGGUUCAGCUGCUCCAAGGUGAACUCCUGAUUGACGUACACGUCGAUCGGCAGCUCGCCAGCACGACACACGUCAAUGAAUAAGUCCCCAGAAGCAGUAGUCAAGACCAAUUAUAGCACUUAGCAACCAGGUCAUGGCCUACUCGGUGCAUGCUGUGGUGCUUGAAGACCUCAAGUUUGAAAUGCGCGCCAGGUUUUCGAAGCCUGAGGUUCAGGCAUGCAGGAGAGAUGCAAACAGCGCCGCCCAUGCACUGGCUAAACUAGCGACUAGGCCUGCAACCUAAUGGUGCCCAUGCUUUAGA